CACCCCCGGGGCUGGAGGCCGGUGGUCCCUCCCAGGCCGGGAUUGCGAUGAGGCCGCGCAGCCCGCUCCCCUGCCCCCACCUCACCUCGUCACCUCCCCGCCCUCUCGGCCGGCCCCUGCGGUGCGCGGCGCAGGCGCGGAGCGGGGUGGUGCGGCGUGGAGCCUGGGCCUGGGGCCUGGCGGGCAGGGCGUGGGGCGCGCGGGAAGGAGAGGAGCUGGCAGGGCAGAGCGCCCGGGAGCGCAAGGCCCAGAGCGGCGAGGGCUGGAACGGCGCCGCCUGCAGCCCUACGCCCUCUGCCAGGGCCGCGCAGCCCCUCCGCCCGCGCACUGGCGCCUCGGCCGCCGCUGCCGUCUCGGAGCUGCUCCUGGGCCGGGCGGGCGGGCCCCGGACGACUGGCAUUUUUUUUUUAACAUCAGUGGAAACGCUCCUGUAAUUUUUCCUCACUCCAGUAUUAAGAAUUAUACCAAAUUGGAAAGAUAUGAAUGAGUAUCCUAAAAAAAGAAAAAGGAAGACCUUACACCCUUCUCGUUAUUCAGAUUCCUCUGGAAUAAGCAGAAUUGCAGAUGGAUUCAGUGGAAUUUUUUCUGAUCAUUGUUAUAGUGUCUGUUCUAUGAGACAGCCAGAUUUAAAAUAUUUUGACAACAAAGAUGAUGAUUCUGAUACCGAGACAUCAAAUGACUUGCCAAAAUUUGCAGAUGGAAUCAAGGCCAGAAACAGAAAUCAGAACUACCUAGUUCCCAGUCCUGUACUUAGAAUUCUAGACCACACUGCCUUUUCUACAGAAAAAUCUGCUGAUAUUGAAAUUUGUGAUGAAGAGUGUGAUUCGCCUGAAUCAGUCAACCAACAAACUCAAGAGGAGAGUCCUAUAGAAGUUCACACUGCUGAAGAUGUUCCAAUUGCCGUAGAAGUGCAUGCAAUUUCUGAGGAUUAUGAUAUAGAGACAGAAAAUAAUUCCUCUGAGAGUCUCCAAGACCAAACUGAUGAAGAGCCACCAGCUAAACUUUGUAAAAUUCUUGACAAGAGCCAAGCUUUGAAUGUGACUGCCCAGCAGAAAUGGCCUUUACUGAGAGCUAAUAGCAGUGGCCUCUAUAAAUGUGAACUUUGUGAGUUCAACAGCAAGUAUUUUUCUGAUUUAAAGCAGCAUAUGAUCCUGAAGCAUAAACGUACUGACUCAAAUGUGUGCCGAGUAUGUAAGGAAAGUUUCUCUACCAACAUGCUGCUGAUUGAACAUGCCAAACUACAUGAAGAGGAUCCCUAUAUAUGUAAAUACUGUGAUUACAAGACAGUAAUUUUUGAGAAUCUCAGCCAGCACAUUGCAGACACCCAUUUUAGUGAUCACCUCUAUUGGUGUGAGCAGUGUGAUGUACAGUUCUCUUCAAGCAGUGAGCUCUACCUGCACUUCCAGGAGCACAGUUGUGAUGAACAGUACUUGUGUCAGUUCUGUGAACAUGAAACUAAUGAUCCCGAAGACUUGCAUAGCCAUGUGGUAAAUGAGCAUGCGUGUAAAUUAAUAGAGUUAAGUGAUAAGUAUAACAAUGGAGAACAUGGACAGUACAGCCUCUUAAGCAAAAUUACCUUUGACAAAUGUAAAAACUUCUUUGUAUGUCAAGUAUGUGGUUUUCGGAGUAGACUUCAUACAAAUGUUAACAGGCAUGUUGCUAUUGAACAUACUAAAAUUUUUCCACAUGUUUGUGAUGACUGUGGGAAAGGCUUUUCAAGUAUGCUAGAAUAUUGCAAGCAUUUAAAUUCCCAUUUAUCUGAAGGGAUUUAUUUAUGUCAAUAUUGUGAAUAUUCAACAGGACAAAUUGAAGAUCUUAAAAUUCAUCUAGAUUUCAAGCAUUCGGCUGACUUACCUCAUAAAUGUAGUGACUGCUUGAUGAGGUUUGGAAAUGAAAGGGAAUUAAUAAGUCACCUUCCAGUCCAUGAGACAACUUGAUUAUUCUCUUUGAUUUAUGUAUGUUAAUAUAAAAUAAUAAAUUCAAUUUUUUUGGA